AAUAAAAAAAAUAAUAUAUUAAAUAAUUCGAGUAAACAUUAUAUUUUUAGUCUAAAGUUUUGAACUGUAAAACCUCAGUAAAGUCCGAACUCCUCUACCUUCCCUCAUUCGUCUUCACACUGUUCUCUGGUCUUCUCCUUCCAUGGCUUCUCGGCUUAGAUCUCUUUCGAAGCCAACAAGCUCUUUAUUCAAAUCCGCCAUGGGGAAAUCCGUCCCUAACGUCACACCCACCCCUUCUCUUACCAGUGUCCGCUCUUCUCUCUCCGUUUCAAGGUCAUUUCCUCAGUUGGGUUGUGUUCAAUCUCUGCUCCCUCUUCACUCAGCGAUUUCUUCUGCUCGCCUCACCUCGUGUCUCGCCAUUGAUUCAACAAGCUCAAGAUCUUUGUCUCAGGAAUUGGGUCUUAGUGUGCCGCGAUAAUAGAUUGCAGCUGAGGUAGCAGAAGAAGAUAGAGGUUUGUAGAUCUAUUCUCAUCAACGAUCAUGCUUCAGUUAUUGGAUCGUUUUCAUCAUCUCUUAAAUUACCAUUUAAUUGGGUCCCUGGAGUUGGGGAUAUACAUAGCUUAACAGCAAGAAUUCAAUUUUCUGACUCAUCUUGUUUUGCUAUAAACUCAGGCUACACAUAAGUAUAUCAAACACUCAAAGUUUAGAUAAUGUAAUAAUAAUCUUCUUCUUCUUUUUCUUUUUAAUAAAAUCAUUUUAGUUUUCUUUUCUUA